UCAGAUGCUUUGGAGCAUCCUAACAUGGUGUGGGAAGUGAAGACAAAUCAAAUGCCUAAUGCAGUUCAGAAACUCCUUCUGGUAGUGGACAAGAGAACUUCAGGAAUGAACGAGUCACUGGAGUUGCUGAAGUGUAAUGAAAACCUGCCCUCUUCUCCUGGAUAUGCAUCCUGUGAUGAGCACAUGGAACUUGAUGAUCUUCCUGAAUUACAGGCUGUGCAGACAGAUUCUACCCCACCUGCACUUUUUCAGCUUGGUGCUGAUGUUUCACAUCAGGAAUGUUCAAGGCCUUCAUGGAACCAACAUACCUCAAACAGCAAUCCAGAAAAUGCUUAUUCUUGUGAGAAUGGGGUGAACUGGUUGACAGAAUUAGCAAAUAUAGCCACAAGUCCUCAGAGUCCUUUGAUGCAGUGCGCUUUUUAUAACAGAUCAUCUCCUGUUCACAUAAUAGCUACAAGCAAAAGUUUACAUUCCUAUGCACGUCCUCCACCAGUAUCUUCAAACAAUGAUCCUAACUUCUCCAAGAAUGAUGUGGAUGAAACACCAGUCAGACACGAAAGGGCGAAUAGUGAGUCAGAAUCUGGCAUUUUCUGCAUGUCAUCACUUUCAGAUGAUGAUGAUUUAGGAUGGUGCCAUUCCUGGCCUUCAACUGUUUGGCAUUGUUUUCUAAAAGGCUCUCGUUUGUGCUUUCAUAAAGGACGCAAUAAAGAAUGGCAGGAUGUUGAAGAGUUUGCAAGAUCUGAAAGCUGUGGAAAAGAGGAAGAUCUCCCAGUGAGCCCUUACAAGGACUAUGGUUCCAAUGGUCUAAAGUUGAUUUCUCACGAAGAAAGUAUUUCCUGUGGUGAGUCAGUGCUGAAGCUGACUUUUGAUCCUGGCACAGUGGAGGAUGGCUUGCUUACAGUAGAAUGCAGACUCGACCAUCCAUUUUAUGUUAAAAAUAAAGGUUGGUCAUCUUUUUAUCCAAGCUUGACUGUGGUACAGCAUGGCAUUCCAUGCUGUGAAAUGCAUCUUGGAGAUCUGUGUCUACCUCCUGGACACCCUGAUGCCAUUAACUUUGAUGAUUCAGGUGUUUUUGAUACAUUUAAAAGCUACGAUUUCACCCCGAUGGACUCCUCUGCAGUGUAUGUGCUCAGCAGCAUGGCCCGCCAGCGCCGCGCCUCUCUGUCCUGUGGAGGAUCAAACAAUCAGGAUGCUGAGAGAUCAGAAUGCAGUAAUAAAAACUGUGCCUCUCCUGCAUCGUCACAUCUUUCCUCCAAUCCUUUGUACAGCAAAGCUGCCAAAAGCCACAGCUCAGGGACUGCAAGUACUGUGAGUGCCACUUCUCCAAACAAGUGCAAAAGACCAAUGAAUGCCUUCAUGCUUUUUGCCAAAAAAUACAGAGUUGAAUACACUCAGAUGUAUCCAGGGAAAGACAACAGAGCCAUAAGUGUGAUACUCGGGGACAGGUGGAAGAAGAUGAAAAAUGAGGAAAGACGGAUGUACACACUAGAAGCCAAGGCCUUGGCAGAAGAGCAGAAACGUUUAAAUCCUGACUGUUGGAAAAGAAAACGAACAAAUUCUGGCUCACAACAGCAUUAAGCCAGAAUUUUUCUGUUAACUCUGUGUUUGCAAAAUGGCUGUUGCUCAACGGCAAGAAGAUGCAAAAGAUCAAGGUCUUACUAUUUUUUGUGACUCUGUGUGACCAUAAAAUACUGGCACCAUCAAGUCGGAAAUGAUCUGAGUGCAGAUUUGCUUUUUACAAUAGAACAUUAAGUAAGCUAAAACUAUCAGCAUUUUAAACCAAAUUGCCUUAUUUUUCUUCCAAACUUCAUAUAUGUAUCAGGUAAUAUAGGCUUGAAAAUGGAUAUCCUGUGGUGCUAAAGUACUUUAGAAAGAGGCGAAGGAGAUGUGUAUAAAUGUUUAUUUUUAAAAGAAAUGUACAAAAAGGGGAAUUUUAAAAUAUGUAACAGCUGUUUAUAUACAUUGAUUCUUAUUGCUGAUUAAUAUGUAUUGCACAACCAUAUUAUUAAUUGCAAUUCUGGGGCCUGGGGUUUUCUGAAAUGGCAAAGUGUAUUAUCAGUCUCCAGCUUCCCAGCCUGCCCCGCUGCCAGCAAGUUACCAGAACGUGUGGGAAUGGAGAGCAUGGUGUGAUGUAGCAAAGGAGCUGCUGCUUGGGAUGCCACUUAUAAAACCUGUAUCCACAAGGGAGAUAUUUUUGCAUCAGCUGGCACUAGUGAGAGCUGUCAUUUCAUGGUGGAAACAAUGGCCUGGGAGAGGAUGAAUGAAAAAAUAACGUUAUCUCAAGAAAAAUGGUGCUGUUGAUACCAUCACCAUCAUAGUUAUAACUCUGUGUUUUGUCUUUGCCACAUAUUCUACAAUAUUUUAUUUUGCCAUAUGACAUCUUUAUGGUGGGGGCAAACUUUGCACUUAACUAUACGUGCAACACUUGCACUUUACUUUUUUUUCUCCUCCAACUGUCUAAAAUUAGAGCAGCUGCAUUAGGAUUACAAUUUGCUUCUGCUGUGAACUUUUACAAUCAUGGCUUUUCCUGUACUAAACAGCUGUGCGUUGUUUUUUUUUUAAGAAUCACAACUGUAAAUUUCAGUUUAUGACACGUCUACAUGAUGUUGCCCCUAAGAUUUUUGCACACUAUAUUCUUGUAUAUUAUUUCAAAUAAAUUCAUUAAAAUUUGGUGUUGUGUAUUUUAUAAGAUGAAGAAGACCAAUCACUAAUUCAGCCCUGCAGCAGUGACAUGUUCUGCCUGGAAGUCUUUACAUGAACCCAUCCAAAGUAUAUUUUUAUGCUUUACCAUUAGGAAGAUGUUAAAGAAUUUCAAAUACUGAUUUCCGGAUUCAAUAGUCAAUGUUCUUUAUUACAGUUUAAGCAAAAAGAGAGUUGAAAUAAAUAUAAAUUAUUUCUAAGCAAGUAGCAGUGCAAUAGAGAAUCAUUUAGGUUAGUUAUAAAUAUUUUUCCUUCUGUUAAAAUUAGUGAUUUUUAGAUGGAAACUGAUGAUUCUAGCAUUUCAGAAGUUCAGUUUUCUGAAUAAGGCUAAAAUGUAUCCAACUGUUUAAAACCGUACUCGUAGGAAAAGAGCUGCUUCCUUAUUUGAGAUAUUCAGCAAUUAUACUGUAAUAUUUGACUUCUAAUUUUACACUUUUCUAAAUUCAAAAGGAAUGCUUAAGAAUGUUUCAAUCAGAUGUAGACUUACAGCACAUAAAAGUUGUACAAUUUCCUUAUAAUAUUUCUGUAUAAGUUCCUGUAAUGUGAAAGUAAAGCAAGAAGACAAGUUUCAGAGAUGAAGUAGGUAAACAUGUUUCAUUGUAAAGCUUCUGUAUUUGGGAAUAAUUUACAUGAACUGUAAAUACAUUUGUGGCACCAAA